AUGGCGUGGCGUGUGUUGGCAGACAAAGAGGCGUUGCGCAAGCGGCCGGAUAUGCAAGCGCUGCGGCGAUACAUGAUUCGCCAAACUGCCCUUGGUAUGAUCUCACGUCAGGAGGAGGUUUCCAUGAUCCCUCCUUUUCUGCUCAAUAUCCAGCCAAACGAUGUUUGCCUAGACAUGUGUGCCUCACCAGGGUCUAAAACGGCGCAGAUGCUGGUUGCCAUGGGCCGGCAUAAGUUCGUGCCGUGGAGUGCAGACGCCACUUCAUCGCCUUUUCCUUUUAAUUACGCCACUGAAGGCCUUAUCGUAGCGAAUGAACUCGACACUAAACGUGCGAAUAUGCUGGUCCAUCAAGUCAAGCGCAUGCAACUUUUGUUCCCCUUCGCGCUUUUUACAAAUCACGAUGCCCGAUAUUUCCCUGAUAUUAUUUUAGAGGCGAACCCUCGUAAUCGGAUGAACGCGCGAACGAGUUCCCCACCACAAGAAGCGAGUGGGGGAGGGAGCAUCCUGCGCUUCGAUAAGGUUUUAUGUGAUGUGGUGUGCUCAGGGGAUGGAACGUUGAGGAAGGCGCCGCAUAUCUUCAAAAUUUGGUCCCCACGCGAGGCCAUGAGUCUGCAGCUCAUUCAAAUCCGUAUUGCCCUGCGAGGCUGUCAUUUACUCAAGGUGGGUGGCCGUUUGGUUUACAGCACGUGCUCCUUAAACCCUAUCGAAAAUGAGGCGGUGGUGGCGCAUAUUAUCUACCGAACGAACGGUUCGAUGAGGCUUGUUGAUGCCCGCUCGCAGCUUCCGGGUUUAUCCUGUUUACCUGGGCUGUCUAGUUGGGUGGUGGUGGACGUCAAAGGCAACGUGGUGGAUCGCCCAAGCCCGACAAUGCACGCCGCUCUUUUCCCACCCCACACCCCCGGUGGUUAUCAUUCCGCCGCUGUGGAGGCGAUGGAUUUGAGUUUAUGCAUGCGAUUCCUUCCAACGAACUGUAAUGGCGGUGGCUUUUUUAUCGCGGUGCUAGACAAGGUGAAAGAGUUUAGUAUUACUAAGAUAAGGGAUGUGGAGGAGAGGGAUUCGCCGAGUCUCUCGGAGGAGAUGGAGGAUACCGGUAAGAAAAUGAAACCAGCUACGGAGCCUGACGUGAAAGGUCCCACAACGGCGCCUGACGUGAAAGGUCCCACAACGGCGCCUGUCACGCUUCCUGUGAGACAACACUCCUCAAAAGGAAAAUGUGGUGAGAAUGGUGAAGAGGAGGCCGCUUCGUCCUCUGGUUUAGUGUUAAAAGCGGAAAAAAGAAUUCCACCACAAUUUGUACAGCCGCCUGAAGUGAUUCAUGACACCCUGGUAAAUUUUUAUAAAGUCAAUAGCUUUCCAGAAGAUUUAUUGAUUAUGCGUACUCCUCAAGGUGAGUGUGAAGCACGAGCCACAACGAGUUCCACCUGCAGUAUUGUUUCCCAGACCGCGCGUCGUGUUCUUUCCUACAAAACGGAUUCAUUGAUUGUUGUGUCUGCCGGUUUGCGAGUUUUCAGCUUCGAGACACUGGAUAAGGGUUGGCGUAUUGCGAGCGAAGCCGCACCGCUGUUUGCAAAAUUAAUGUCAGCCUCUCCGAGGUUGGUAAAAGUAUCGCUUGAUUUUGUUAAGAGCAUGAUAUACCGCGGCGGGAAGUUGAAGGAACUCCUCUUUAAAGAUGUAGAGGAUGUAGUGCUGCGUGAGUUUCUGGAGGAAAUGCCUUUGGGGACGGUACUUCUUGAAAUAAAUUGUCCAGAUGCGCCGAAUGGAGUCUUCUUUUCAGUGGCUCUGCGGGCCCGCACCAAAAUACAGCUUCUAGUGGGCCAUGAAGAUCUUCCUGGACUGGAGUUGCGACUUGGCCUUGAACCGCGAGUAGAGUCAUGUGAAUCGUUUUCUGCAUAA